CUCCACAAGGACCAUACUUCUUCCUGGCAGGCGCAGCUCAUGCUACCGCAGGACAGACGCAGAAGAAUCUACUGAGGCAGGACAAUCUGACUCAUGGCUUUACUAGCUAUUCGCAAAGUUGACAUCAAUAUAUGCUUGCAUCAAGACUCUCUAAUUCGUUCAGGAUCCCGCUUUGUCAUCUCAUCCUACCUGCAGUGGGUCCCUCGGCUUCCGUUUCUGCUCACAACAGGUCCUUCAAUACCUUCACCCCCCUUUCACUAGCCUCAAGGAUGCCACCCAAGCGCAACGCCCGUCAAACCCCUCCUCCCUCCGAACUCAACAGCUCGGCAUCAAACCCCUGUUCUUCCACCAGCGCUGCCCCUGUCGCACCCUCCCUCUCCUCCCUCUCUCCCAAAGCAUGUCUCACCUGCGGAAGGAUGAUCACCCCUCGAGCCAAAUGGGCAAAGAAUUGGUCAGAGAUCAAGACAUGCUCCGAUGCCUGCAAGGCAUUCAAGGUUGGGAGUAGAGGAAAUAUCGCGUCCGUGCCACGCGAGGAGAUAGAGCGGCGUGCAGAGGAGGAGGGGAAGUCGAAGUCGAUGGAGGGAUCGGUCAAGGAGACGCUCAGGGCACUGGCUGGCAAGGAUGGCGAGGGGCUAGCGCAAAUCGAUGUAGAUGCCUGGAUCGAACUCGCCCUCUUGCGAUGUGCAGCUCCACCAUCGGCAUCCUCCACCCUACCCACGACCGACGAUGUAGACGCUGCAUUGGAGCGGGUGGCUCGCUCUUGCGGAGAUACUCCCUUGCAAAGAAAGACGGAAAAUGCUGGUUCUGAGGUUGAAUCGUCGAAUGAAGUCCCUCCUCGCACAUUGCUCGCAACACUCCAGUCCGGGCCUGGGCUGCGCGAGCGAGUACGGCGAGCUGCACGGCGGCUCUUCAUACUGCCAGUAGAGCAUUGGGCAUGUAGAGACGUCGUGGAGCAUAAGGCCGUUGAAGCUCGGACAUCACUCCCUCUCGACGGCAUGGAAAGAGGGCUAGAUCUAGUACAAGGUGGAAAGGUGCUCAAGGGCCUGGAAGGAGUAAGCUUCGCGAAAGGUCCCAUCGGUCUUGAGAGGAGACAGAGGUAGCGACCACCCGAGCCACAACCAUGAGAUGAGUUUCAUCUGUAUCAUAUGCCCAGCAUCAGUCACUGUACCUGUACAAUACAACUCUUUCGUCG